UUUGUGUACGAAUCCACUACACGAGAUAGAUCUGGACUGUACUCUCUCUACUAGCUUUUCUCUAUGGUCCUUCUCAACAGCUGACAUUAAAACUCUUUGAAACUUGUUGAGAAGCCACUGUUGUAGAGACUCUGGAAGACUUGGAGAAGCCCAGCCUCUUCAGACCAGACUUGAUGGGAACAAACUGUUUGGAAAGAGAGGAUGAUGGGCUACAUGAACUUCAAGAACGAUUAAUCGCACAGGAGAGUGCGAGAGACAAAGGGAGAGAGGAAGAGAGCGAGAGACAAAGUCGGAGAUCAUGAUAGCGUACGUGGACUGUCUGUCCCCUGAGCUGGUUGGGGGAGAUGGUGUGAGGGUGGGUGCUCGAUGCUGGAAGGGUGGGUACAGCGAGGACGAGGAUGAGUUGCUUCCUCUCUGCUCGAAAGAUGUCCGAAAGAUGCCCUCCCUGCAGCCCAAGAGCGAGGGCAGUUUGAGACGUCGUCUGCUCACCUCCAAGAUCCACCAGCAACGAGACACACUGUGGGCUCCCAGGCCUCUUGCACAGGGUCUCCUGGACAACCAAGGCCUCCAGGCGACGCAACACAGACAGGACUACCCUGGGCCUGAGCCCCAGGCCAAACCCAGCCCUUCCGGCCUGCUGAUCCACCACCUAGCAGGCUACUCGUCACAGGGUCUCCCGGACAACCAAGGCCUCCAGGCGACGCAACACAGACAGCACUACCCUGGCCCAGAGCCCCAGGCCAAACCCAGCCCUUCCGGCCUGCUGAUCCACCACCUAGCAGGCUACUCGUCACAGGGUUCCCAGCAACAUAGGCACAACGCAGGCUACUCCUUGACCCAGGUACAGAGGACCAGCUAUUCUCCCCCGACCCCCGACCCCCAUCCUGGGUACAGCUUCCCCCUACAACCUCCAGGAGGAGCCAGAUGCAGCCACACUGGAACCCCAGGAUACUGUAACCCAGGAUACUGUAACCCAGGAUACUGUAACCCAGCAUACUGUAACACAGCCUACUCCACAAGGCCCAGCAGCAGCUCUAACCCAGGACACCACAACACUGCACAAGGAGCCAGCAACCCUUCUCCAGGACAGGGAUACGGCUCUACCUCCUCCCCCCCGGGACCCAGCUACAGCUCUACAUUAGGGUUUGCAUCCCAGUCCCAGCCCAGCCUCCCCUCUAACCUGCCCAGGCAGAGAAAGAGCUUCUCUCCCUUCAACCUGCUCCGACGGCGCAGCUACAACUCCAACCAGAUCCCCUUCUCACAUCCACCUCAAAGCCAAGACUGGAGAGAGUGUGACAAGAAGCUAAGGAGUGAUGGGUACGGCAGUUCACAGUACUUCUCUCAAAACCCCGCCUACCUCAGUCAUAGCCUAUCAGAGGACAGGCUGCAUGAUGACAAGGCCAGGAAGGACAGAAGAUGGAAAAAGAGGUCCAAGCUGGCUGGACUGUCUGUCUCAGUCCUGCUUCUCUGCCUGCUGGAGGAGAAAGUCUACAGCAGCAUCUUCAGACGAGGACCUCUUGGCAUAUUCGUUCCGGGCCGCCGCCGAGCCCCCCGUUGAACUUUUACGAAGACAUUGAUGACACAUUUAAUGGGGUGACAUCAUGACUAAUGUCUGUGACCUCACAGUCGCCGAGGAAACGGAUUGGUCCAAGCCCCUCCCCCUGCCUACACCAGAGGAGAAGAUGAGGCAGCAGGCGCAGGCAUCGCAGCUGGAC